UUCGGGGGACUGGGAGGCAGUUUGGGUUCUGUGGGGUGGGGUUCCCACAACCACAUGGAGGCCCCAGCUCGCCAUCCUUCCCUCUCAUAAACAUGCCGACUUCUCACUGGUGCCAUCUCUGGGGGGCCCUGGACCUGUAGUCAGAGGUCCGGAGAGUUCCCUUUAAGUCACCCAUGGGGUGGGGGGAGACAGCUUGACGUUACAUUCUAAAUUAUUUUCCCCCUUUUUACUCUAAAACAAAAAUAUAGGCUCCCACCAGGACGAUGUUCCCUUUAAAUAACAUUUUGUUUUCUCCUGGGGAAGCUGUCUCAAUGGCCAAAGAGUCAUUUCUAAAGUGAACCUAGUUUUUAGAAAAUAGAUUACCGGAUGUCAGGCAUCAUGUUCAGAUGAAAAUGAAACCAGCAGGCCUGGAGUGGCAGCUCCACACUUGACUUCCGGCUGGAGGUGAGAGGCAGUGUGUCUGAAGCUGGGCUCGGUAGCUGUUUGGCCCACAGGCUGCAUUUGAUAGGUGCCUUCGUCAUUUUCCAGGCAGCUUUGCUUAGGUGAGCAGAGUACUUUCUCUGGAAGGUGAGUCACCCCUGCAGGGGUGGAGGUGACAGGCGAUUUAUUCACCGAACACAGUUGCGGAGGAAGUCUUAAGCAGACCUGGCAGAGAAGUUCUCUGCCAAAGAUCAUGUUUAUUUCAGGCCAAGGGCAUCGGAGGCAGGGAUCCGGGAGCCAAGGUGGGCUCCCAGCGCCCGCCCACUGACAGGGAGAUGAAUCCAGGGCACAGAGCCCGUAUCAGCAGUCUCGGUGCCCUCCCGAGUCCAGCCACCUUGGGGGUGGAAAUGGCCCGCUUCCCAUGACAGUCAGCCAAGAAGCAGGAAGAGAGCUCUGGCUCCACACAGCUGGGGAGCCCCUGGCAAAGAGCAGAGGAGUGCAGACCGCGCUCUGGUGUGCAAGACCUUUUGGGCAGCCUGCUUCCACCUGCCUUGCUUUUCACCACCUGCGCUGGAGGCUCCCUGAGCUCCAGGAACAGGGAGGCUGGAACACACCCUGUGUGUGUGGAGACUGUGGAAGUCCAGCCUGCUGCCACCUCUGCCCUUCUGGAGCCACCAUGUCCACUCAGAAAGGAGCCACAGAGGGACGCCUGGCCUUCCCUUUCCCAGUGUCCGGUUGCUGUGGCUUCUGCUGACCCUCUCACCACUAAAGCCAUGACCAGGUGUCCAUCGAGACAAAGAAUUCGCUCAGACUGUGUUCCAGCUCAGGGCAGUCAUUGUUGAGCCUGACUGCUGGUAGUCCGGGACGUCUGUGAUCAACGCCCAGGGUCACCCACAGAGCGGGCUCCACUCCACUGAGACCGCAGGGAGAGAACUAGCAUCGCCUUGCGAGUGGUCUGCAGGCUUCUCCUGGCCCCACGGUCACACCCCAUCAGUCUGGACUAACCAGCAGGCGCACCGGGCAGGUUAGUGACAUCGGGCCUUAACCUCUCUGUCGAGGAAGUGCUAUUAGACUUACAGGCUGGACGUGCUAAUUACUGGUUGCACGCUCCUUUUUUUAAAAACACUAAAGAGAAAAUGGUGACCCAAGGAAACCCAGUGAGUUGCCCAAAGCCAGUUAAUGACUGAAAGUGAGUAAAGUCCAGGCCGUUUUCACUGGGCCGUGCCACCGCGGGACAGGAAUUGGGUUUUGUUCCUGCUUUGUUCCCCACCCGACCCCAUCACUCUCGGCCUUUCUGCAAGUUCUGGCAGACCUGGGAAGGGUGGAGUCAGCAGCAGCUGCUCUGGGUCUCAGAAAAAGUAAACAGAAAGCUAUUUAUUUGGCACUCUCUUAUGCCAUGAAGUUCAUGUAACUAAAAGAAGGUCAAGGUUGAUAAGAAAACACAAUUCUGGGCAGGGUUACCCGGAAGUCUCAAAGGUUACCCACACCUGUAGGGCACUUUCCUACCUCACCGAGCAGUAUCUCACCCAAAGUGGGCGUUCGGUUGCUGUGAAUGAUUGAUUUGUAAGGGCACAAACCUACCCGGCACCAGGAAGCUCUUCCGUACCUUCGUCCUGUGAAGCAGACAUGUGGCCAGUGGCGUGCAGGUGGCCAGAAGAGCCAGAGGGGUCAGCGUCAUCCCGGCAAGAUCCCUCCAGCUUUUGUCAGUGAAGAGACCUUCCCUGCGGGCAAAGCAUGAUGUCAUAUCUGGAUGGUGGCCCCUGGCAAGCGUGAGCCUGGGAGAUGGCAGUGAUGGAGGUGGCCUGCCCAGGCGCUCCUGGCUCCGCGGUUGGGCAGAAGGAGCCCGCCAAAGCCAAGGAAAAGACCCAGGCCCCAGGGAAGCAGCAGAGCCCUGUCCACAAGCUCGAGGCCGUGGAGAAGAGCCCCGUGUUCUGCGGGAAGUGGGAGAUCCUGAACGACGUGAUCACCAAAGGCACAGCCAAAGAAGGCUCCAAGGGAGGGCCGGCCGCCAUCUCCAUCAUUGCCCAGGCCGAGUGUGAGAACAGCCAAGAGUUCAGCCCCACCUUUUCCGAACGGAUUUUCAUCGCCGGGUCGAAACAGUACAGCCAGUCUGAGAGCCUUGAUCAGAUCCCCAACAAUGUGGCCCAUGCAACGGAGGGCAAAAUGGCUCGUGUGUGUUGGAAAGGGAAGCGCCGCAGCAAAGCCCGGAAGAAACGCAAGAAGAAGAGCUCCAAGUCCCCGGCUCCGGCAGGAGUGGCCUUGGCCAGACCGCUUCCCAGAACGCCCGAGCAGGAGAGCUGCACGGUCCCUGUGCAGGAGGACGAGUCCCUACGCGGUACCCCAUAUAUUAGAAAUGCCCCCCAGUUCACCAAGCCUCUGAAGGAGCCAGGCCUCGGCCAACUCUGUUUUAAGAAACUCGGGGAGGGACCGCGUCCAGCGCUGCCUCGAUCGGAGCUCCACAAGCUGAUCAGCCCCUUGCAGUGUCUCAGCCACGUGUGGAAACUCCACCACCCCCAGGACGUGGGCCCCCUGCCCCAGCCCGCUCACCCCUUCCCCUACAGCAGGCUUCCCCACCCCUUCCCAUUCCACCCUCUCCAGCCCUGGAAACCUCACCGCCUAGAGUCCUUCUUCCUGAGCAAGCUGGCCGGUGUGGAGAGCCACCAGCCCCUGCCUGGCCCAGCCCUGGGCAAACUGGCCUAUGUAGACAGUCAGAGGCCCCUGCCUGGCCCACCCCUGGAGCCCAGCUGCCCGCCUCUCGGCUCUCACGAGAAGUUUUCUGUGGAGGAGUACCUGGUGCAUGCCCUGCAAGGCAGCGUGAGCUCCGGGCAGCCCCACAGCCUGGCCAGCCUGGCCAAGACCUGGACGGCGCAGGGCUCCAGGCCCCUGGAGCGCAGCCCCAAAGCUGAAGACAGCGAGGGGGUCCUGCUCACUGAGAAACUGAAACCUGUGGAUUACGAGUACCGGGAGGAGGUCCACUGGGCCAGGCGCCAGCCCUGCCUGGGCAGAGGCUCCUUCGGAGAGGUGCACAGGAUGGAGGACAAGCAGACCGGCUUCCAGUGCGCCGUCAAGAAGGUGCGUGUUGAUGUGUUUCGGGCUGAGGAGCUGACGUCAUGUGCAGGACUGGCUUCGCCCAGAAUCGUCCCUUUGUAUGGAGCGGUGAAGGAAGGGCCUUGGGUCAACAUCUUCAUGGAACUGCUGGAAGGUGGCUCAUUGGGCCAGCUCAUAAAGCAGCAGGGCUGUCUGCCGGAGGACCGAGCCCUCUACUACCUGGGCCAGGCCCUGGAGGGGCUGGAGUACCUCCACACUCGCAGGAUUCUGCACGGCGACGUCAAAGCCGACAACGUGCUCCUGUCCAACGAUGGGAGCCGAGCAGCCCUCUGCGACUUUGGCCACGCCGUGUGCCUUCGACCCGAUGGCCUGGGGAGUUCCUUGCUCACAGGGGACUACAUCCCCGGCACGGAGACGCACUUGGCCCCGGAGGUGGUGACGGGCAAGCCCUGCGACGCCAAGGUGGACGUGUGGAGCAGCUGCUGCAUGAUGCUGCAUAUGCUCAACGGCUGCCACCCCUGGACCCAGUACUUCCGAGGGCCGCUCUGCCUCAAGAUUGCCAGCGAGCCUCCGCCCGUGAGGGAGAUCCCGCCUUCCUGCGCCCCUCUCACUGCCCGGGCCCUGGAGGAGGGGCUGAGGAAAGAGCCCGUCCACCGCGCGUCCGCGGUAGAGUUGUGGCGGACAGUCAGCCUGGCGCUGCAGCACGUGGGGGGUCUGAAGAGCCCCUGGAGGGGAGACUACAAAGAGCCCAGACGUCUGCCGUCACACCACGCCCAUCCGCCACCUAGCCCAGCCCACUCUCACCAGGCCCUUCCAGCCCAGCCAAGGGAGCUGCCCCCAGGGCCCUGGGAGCCCCAGCCAGCCGAGGACACAAAAGGCGGGGCCCCCAAGCUCCAACCUCCUCUACCUCCAGACCCCCCAGAGCGGAACAAGUGUCCAAGCCUGAACUGGGGCAAGGAGGAGUCUGGGACGUGGGAACCCUUGCCUCUGUCCUCCCUGGAGCCAGCCCCCGCCAGAAACCCCAGCUCACCGGAACGGAGGGCCACCUUCCCGGAGCAGGAACUGCAGCAGCUGGAAAUAGAAUUGUUUCUGAAUAGCCUGUCCCAGCCAUUCUCUCUGGAGGAACAGGAGCAGAUUCUCUCAUGCCUCAGCAUCGACAGCCUCUCCCUAUCCGAUGACAGUGAAAAGAACCCGUCGAAGGCCUCUCAGAGCUCGAGGGACACCCUGAGCUCCGGUGUGCACUCCUGGAGCAGCCAGGCCGAGGCUCGCAGCUCCAGCUGGGAUGUGGUGCUGGCCCGGGGCCGGCCCACCGACACCCCAAGCUACUUCAAUGGUGUCAAAGUCCAAAUACAGUCUCUCAAUGGGGAGCACCUGCACAUCCGGGAGUUCCACCGGGUCAAGGUGGGAGACAUCGCAACCGGCAUCAGCAGCCAGAUCCCAGCUGCAGCCUUCAGCUUGGUGACCAAGGACGGGCAGCCUGUGCGCUAUGACAUGGAGGUGCCAGAUUCAGGCAUCGACCUGCAGUGCACCCUGGCCCCAGAUGGCAGCUUCGCCUGGAGCUGGAGGGUCAAGCACGGCCAGCUGGAAAACAGACCCUAACCCGGUGCUGCGCCACCCGCUCCACUCAGUCAGCAGCGGCCGCCCUCGGUGCCCCGUGCUGCCGCCGAGACGCAGGCUCGGGCUGCUUCCAGGGACCCGGGGACUCAGAGGUGGGACCCAGGCCAAAGCGGACACCAGCAAAACACCUCCCGGGAUUCCCCGCCCGUGUCCUGUCUGACCCGCCAGGAGAACACCCUGUGCCCAUGUGAGCAGGAAGAGGAGGAGGAAGGCAGGAGGCCUCUUCCCACAGGGAACAGAGAGGGUCUUCUCCGCCCUGGUCCAAAGAGCCUGGCCUGGCCCCUUUGUGUCGGUGACCACUUACUAGCAGUCAGGGGGCAGCAGGUUCCGGCUUGGGUCGGGAAGGGCCAGGCGAGCCAGCCCCUAGGCCCCCAGGCAGAUGGGAGCGUGUCGGGUCGGAACAGGGCCAGGCAGCAGGUGUGCCUACCCUUGGGCAAGUGGGGCCCUCUGACCCCCCUUCCCGGCCUCGCCUGGCCGUCCACCCCUUUUAGACCCAGGACUGUCCGACAGAGUGAGGGGGUGGGAACGCCUGACCCUGGGACAUCUCCCUGGGAGCGAACGCCACGCUUUCCAUGGCGUUGCGACACAGGCCCUGCGCUGGACUCAGCAACAGCAAGGGGCCAAGCAGGUGUUUAAGUGAUACAGUUCUCAGUCCCCAAGGACAUGCCCCUGACUUGCUGCGCUCAGUCCCCUCAUCUGUGAAAGUGAGGAGCGAGUGGCCUGAGACACUCCCCCCCCCCCCCCAGGUGUCUGCGGACAGGACAGACGCACGGGAGAGAGCGCAGCAGGUGUGGGCGCUGCUCUGCCCGAGCCACAGUCUUCCAUGUCUUGCAUACCAGCUUCCUAAGCCACAAUUCAGGCAUUGGGCACUGAGCCCGCCCUGCCCCUGGUCACGGGGCACUGCCAGCUGCACUUUGCACUCUGAUGACCUCAAAGCACUUUCUUGGCUGCCCUCCCGAAGGGCAGGUCUGUGGUUCCGCGUGAGCACAGGCAGACUAGACAAGGUGUAGGGAUUCAGGUCUUGACCUGUCUCCACACAUGUGACCCUUUCAAAGAUCCAAAUCUCUUUAAGAGGAAGCCCCCACACUCCAGUCCUCUCCAUUGCCCCAGUCCAGUCUUUUAUUUGGGGGAGGGGGAAAGUGAUUGAGACUCAUGUAGCAUUAAUCCACUGUGAAUCCUUGGGGGUUGAGGGGCCUGCGAGAUUCCUCCUUGGGAAGAGCUUGUCCCCAUGACUUGCCAAUGUGCCUUCUGUCCAACUGUCUCUGAGGAGCCACACCGCUCCCCAGGGAGAGGCCCCAGCCCCCAGCAAGGGAAGAACUGCAGCCUUCCUUGCCACUGCUGGGUUGGGCUGCAGAGACCUCUGUAAGCAAUAAAGUUCCGGUAACAAUGAA